AUGUUUCGUCUUGGCUCGGGUUCUCUCCAGCUGGUCGUAUCGUCGGCUGUUGCUGAGCAGCAAAGGGGAUUUGCUACGUUGAAGGAUAUCUCCCUUCGACUAAAGUCCAUUAAAAAUAUCCAGAAAAUUACCAAGUCAAUGAAGAUGGUAGCCGCCUCCAAGUAUGCCAAAGCAGAACGUGACCUGAAGGGUGCCCGCGCAUACGGUGUUGGUGCGAAGACCUUUUUCGAUAACGUUGACAGUCAAGAAGAAGGCGAGAAGAAAGAGGAGAAACAACGGCAACUGCUAGUACUGGUUACAUCCGAUAGAGGACUUUGCGGUGGAGUUCACAAUAAUAUCGCUAAGGAGGCCAAAUUGAUGCUGGCCGACGCCGACAAGGACAAGGAUAUUCGAAUCGUAUGUAUUGGUGACAAGGCUAGAAAUGCUCUUCAACGCAUUCACAGCAAGAAAUUCCUUCUUACUGGAAAUGACAUUGGUCGUGCUCCGCCAUCAUUUGGUGAUGCUUCUAUCGCGGCAAAAGCAAUCCUUGACUCCUGGCUUCGACUUUGA